GUGGGUUUCAUUUGCUGAAGCGGCGCAAGCGAGACGACACGGAAGACUCGUCGCGAAUCGCAGUACAUGGAACGCGCCUAAGGACGACGAAGAUACAUGGCAAAAGUCGCAUCGGAGCAAGCACUUACUAUCGCGCCCAUGGACGAGACGAGGACCGAGACGCCGGAGCGAGCAGUCGAGGAAGAGACACCCGAGGGCCUGCGCCAGUCGAGCUCGUUUAUGAACGAGAACCCGUGGAACCGAGCGCGCACGGGGCGAAAGAUCGUCUUUGUCGACGAGCAAGACAGCGGCACGCCGCUGCACGAGAUCACGUACUCCAAGCAGACGCAUUACUCGAGGACGACGCAGGCGCCACCGCCGCCGACGCCGCCGAGUGGCGGCUGCUGCGUCGUACAGUAGCAUAGACCACGACGCGUAGGCUGCGCGUUUUGGACACCCGCGCCGCGUCCGCGUAUACAGACAAUAUUAGAGUGUUAGGCUUGUUCAAUGGAUGAUUAUGACCAAG